CCAUUUUUUCUACGUAGUAACCUCCGUAGAGAUUAGACUACGUGAGAGUGGCUCGUCGGCCUUGUCGUAACUCUGCUAAUCAGUUACUAUGGCUGGACAAUACCCUCCUUCGCAGUCAUGUUAUAAUUGUGGUUCCCCUAGUCAUUUCCUCCGCGAAUAUCCACAUCGUUCCUUCGGUAGAGGGCAUGCCACGGGGGCUAAUACAACUCCUCUGGCUUUGCCGGCUCCUGCUGGUGAAGUGCCUAAUAUGGGUUCCUUCUCUCGGGGUUAUGCCUCCAGGUCGGGUUUUAAUUCCAAUCCUUCGUUUGGUCGUCCUAGUUUCUGGAGACUCAAUCAAGAGAAGCUGGACCGGUGCUACGCUAAGACAGUAGCAGAUGAAGAAAGAGAAGCCAAGCGUAGAGAAGAAGAACAACGACAGAAGACCUUGAAGGAGGAAGAGGAGCGGAAGGAAGGGUGGAGAAAAGAACGGGAACGCCUGGAGGCGGAAAUAAAUGCACGCCUAGAUAAACGGAUGGAGGAGAAGAACUGUCCGCGAUUGAAGGAGAAAUCGGAGGAGUGCAGUCUGAGAGAGGAGUUGGACAAGAUGAAAAAGGAGAACGAUAGGCUGAGGCGAUUGGUUACGUCAGGCGAUGGUGUAACGGAUGAUGAUAAGGAAAUAAAUGUGGUAGCAUCGCGAUUGGUACUCCGGACGGCCCGUGCAUCACCGAAGCCACGUUGGACAGACAAUAUCCGAAAAGCGGAUAAAUGGAAGCAAGAGUACGCCAGAAUGAAGGAGAUGCAUAGGGGUGCUAGUCUGGAGGCAGAAGUGCUGAAAGAGAAAUGUGCUGUAGCGGAAGGAGAAGUUGUGAAGCUAAAAGAGCAGUUGAACAAAGCACCGGCUGCUGGGACUGGCCAGCGUGGUGAAGGAGGGGGGACCAAUCUUAAAACGAGGCUGGACGCGGUGGCUGUUCGUUCCACUCGGAAAGGUUUGAAAGCCACCCCUAGGCAGGAUUUAGGGGAUGGAGGCGCAGUCUCGGGUGGGGUGAACGAGCGUUUUCAGUACGUCGAAGCGCAGAAGAAGGAUCUACAUAAUUAUAAGAAGUCGGGGCUGGAGAUGUUAUGCCGAGAAGCUGGUUUAAAGCCCCGGGCUAUAGAGCUUAUGAUUCAGGAUCUCGCAGAGCAUCGGGUGGAUAAGGCCUUUGGUAGUAACAGUAACGAAGGGAAAGAGGCCGACAAGGAGAUUCUAGUUCAUGAAGUCUCUGAGGAUUCUCCCCCCAUUGCAGAAACUUCCGAGUCGGGAGAGGGGUGUUCUACUGAGCUCUAGGCUCGGUUCCCGAGCGUGAUCACUUGUGGAAAUGGGCGGUCAUCUGUAGGAAGUUUCGUGAACAAGGUGCAGGUAAGGAUGCGAUUUCUGAAUUUUUCCUGCGUAAUCGAGAGUUCAAUGAAUUUUAUCGGUUGGU